AUGGAUUUGCCGGAAACAGCAGUCCGCCUAUUGUCUGAGCGUGGGAGUGUGAUGGGCCACAAUGAGCGGGCGUCUACGAGGUCAAAGGCAGACGCGGUUAUUGUCUGCGACGGUCCACAAAGACAAUUGAGACAAAAACCAUGGCUUGCCCAGCUGUCCUCUAUUCAUCCCCUCCUCCUCUUCCUCUUUUACUUCUUUUUAGCGAUGCGUCGCCCAUCCGACCUCGCAGUGGACACCUCUUCGAUGCCGCCUACGACCCCGACGACUCCGGAUGCCUCUACUCUCAACCUCGAGAACACUAUCACCACACUCGACGCUGAUUCCACCCUUCCACAGCCAACUCUCCCAGAAUGCCCCACUCUCCAACCAUCUAUCCGUCUACUCUUUUCCCUUGUAUCCACUCGUGACUUCUACACUAUCGUUCUCCCGGCCAUCCUUACUUCCAUGCUCGCGGGUGGCAUUGCGCCCUUCAUGACCUAUGUAAUCGGGCUCUCGUUUGAUGCUUUUGCACAGUUCCCUACGACGCCCAACCCUCCAGAAUCGGCCAAGACCACUCUCCUGCACGGUGUCGGCAUCGCAGCACUCGAACUCGUUGCUCUGGCUGUCGGUGCGCUCGCGCUCAGCAGCAUCACCUCCAGCCUGUGGAUUUGGACCGGCGAGCGCAACCUGAUGGCAGUACGCAAGAAGGUGUAUGCGUCUGUAACGCGAAAGGAUAUGGUUUGGUUCGAUUUGAAGAUGGGUGCCGACGACUCUGUCCUGUCGACGGACGAGAGUGGUCCUCUCGGCGCUGGAGGUCUCAUGGCGAAGUUUGCCAGAGAAACUGAUGAAGUGCGCAUGGCCUCGUCUCUUGCGUCCGGCAUGAUCAUUCAAUAUCUUACCACCUGUGUCACUUGCCUGAUCCUCGCAUUUGUACGCUCGUGGUCCCUCACACUCAUUAUUCUUUCGGCUGUACCCGUUCUCAUGUUCAUUCAAGCCCUGUCACAAGUGUUCGCCGGCGCAUAUUUGAACGUCGAGCGUGCACAGACAGCCACAGCGUCCACUCUUGUAGAUCGCGCUGUUUCGGCGAUCUCCACGGUAAAGGCAUUCAACGCGGAGAAUCAUGAACACGACAACAUCAGUCGUGUUCUGGAUGCCGUGCAGACCGCGGCGAACAAAUGCGUUACCGUCUGGGGCAUUUCUUCAAGCUUUGCGCAGUUCACAACCAUGGCCAUGUUCGUUCAAGGGUUUUGGUUCGGGUCGAAGCUUGUGCGUGACGGGACUAUUAGCCCAGGAGAUGUUAUGGCUGUCUUUUGGGCUUGCCUCAUCGCAACAAGCAAUCUCCAGAUGUGCAUCCCGCAACUGAUGGUUCUCGGUAAAGGCAAGUUCUCCAUGGCGGCAUUACUUACUCUGGUGGAGUCUGGUGCAGCCGCGCCUUUAGGCCGUUCAAAAUCGGUGUCAUCCAAGCGACGAGUUCGCCUUCGCGGGAUCACUCUCGAGAAGUGCAAAGGCGAAUUCGAACUCGAUAACGUCACCUUUGCAUAUCCUUCUCGGCCCACCAUUCCCGUAUUGCGGGACGUGUCGAUCUUCAUUUCCUCAAACGAGAUAUCGUUCAUCGUGGGCGGUUCAGGUUCAGGCAAGUCGACGAUCGCACAGCUUCUGCUGAAGAUGUACGUGCCUCAGACGGGAGCGAUCAAACUCGAUGAUCAAGAGAUCAACUACCUUGACGAGGAUUGGAUGCGCUCCAACGUUGCCGGGGUCACCCAGAAUUGCAUCUUGUUCGACAUGAGUGUGCAUGAUAAUGUUGCCAUCGGCCUUGCGUAUCCGGGCAGCAACCGUCGCCCAGAAGAUGUCUCACGUGAGGAGGUCGAGGCAGUAUGUCGGGUGGCUCUCAUGCACGACUUUGUUAGGGACCUGCCGGAGGGAUAUGACACCGCGCUUGGGAAUGGUGGGGCCAAUUUAUCUGGUGGACAGAAACAACGGCUGGCUAUCGCACGCGCAUUACUACGCAAUCCUCCUGUCCUUAUUCUUGACGAGGCUACGUCCGCACUGGAUGCGACCUCUCGUGUUCUUGUCUUCGCGGCCAUCAAACAGUGGAGACAGAACAUGACAACUAUUGUUAUUACCCAUGACCUCUCUCAAAUCGAGUCCGACGACUGUGUUUAUGUCCUCAAGGAUGGACAGCUCGUCGAACAAGGCUUUAGAUCUGAUCUCGAAGAAGACCCAAAUGGCGAGUUCCGCGCGAUACUCGAUGCGCAGGACGCCUCAGGUGGCUUCCAGGAGAAGCAUAACGAGCAACCCGAGUCUGUACCUGUCGAAGCAAUCCUUGAACAACAGGAUGCUGAGCUUCAAGAGGAACUUGCAGCUGUCAAGGUGCAGACGAAGGCACUCAGACACCAAAGUAUCGCGCCCUUGACCCUUCGUCGACUCACUACAACACACUGGAUGUUUGAUGUCGUUGCUGACUUGACACGUCCCGUUGAGCUCCCUCCAGCAGUGGUGGUUAACAGCGAUGAGCAGGACGUUCAACGGUUCAUCCCCACUGAAAGGUCGACCGAAGAAAAUAUGACAAAGGGGAACCGUAGGAAGACCCUACAUAUUGAUAUCCCUUCUCUCGCAUCGCCUCCCCCUACAUUAGCAUCCGCCAACCACCGAUAUAGCUUGCAAUUUACACCUACUUCUCCGACCGUAUGCUCGAACCGCUCGACGACGACGCUCUGGUCUCCAGCAAUGAUCGAAGACGACGAUGAGUUCGAUAAGGAGAAAGCAGCGAUGCAGUGGAUGGCAACUGAGGCGUCCAGCAAGCGUCGCGGAAUGGGCACCUCGAUGGACAAGCUCCCUAUCAAGCGCGAGAGAACCCGGUGGGACGAGAAGCAUCUAGCAGCUCUGACUUCUGUGAAAGUAGAAUUGCCUGAAGCGCAGCAAAACGCAUCUACGAAGGGCGGUCAGCAGUCGUUCUGGAGUCUCAUUCGUGAUAUUUAUCCGACAUUACCCACCAAGCCACUCCUGCUUUUUGGGAUCUGCGUAUGUCUUGCGAGUGGUGCCAUGACACCCAUCUUCUCCUUCCUUUUGUCUCGUCUCCUUUUCGAAGUUUCCAUCGGUGCGCGCGACGUAUCAACUAUCAACACCUACGGCGGGAUUGUACUUGCCAUCGCCGCUAUAGACGGCCUUCUUAUCGGCCUCAAGUAUGGAAUCAUGGAGGUCAUCGGAAUGGCGUGGGUUACGCGUAUUCGCAAAGCUUGUAUCGCGCGCUUGCUCGCGCAAGACAAGAAGUGGUUCGACUGCACCGACAACAGUCCUCCGCGCCUUGUGCAGAUCCUCAUCAAGGACGGCGACGAUGCGCGUUCGCUCAUCGCUACCGUGCUCGCCCAGGCCGUCGUCGUCAUCGCCAUGCUUGGGAUUGGAUUGACAUGGGCUCUAGUGUGCGGGUGGCAGCUGACCCUCGUCGGGUUUGCUAUUGCGCCAGUGUUCGCGUUGACGAUGGCCGUGCAGACAAACCUGGUCGCCAGGUGUGAGACUAGGAACAAACGCGCCCGUGAGGUGGUCGCCAAGGGAUACUAUGAUUCUAUACUGAACGUCCGCGGGAUUCGGGCUAUGGGUUUUGAAAGCGCCUUCCAGGAGAAGUUCGACGCCUCAGUAAACAAGGCACUCUCCACAGGGGUGCGGGGCGCUUUUGUGGAGGGCUGUACAUACGGGGUCGCUAGUGCCCUCAUCUAUCUUGCAGAAGCCUUAUUGUUUUACGUCGGUGCCAUUUUGAUCGCUCGCGGCACUUAUUCUUAUUUGCAAAUGGUCCAAACUCUCAACCUUGUCGUCUUCUCCGUGUCUAUUGGCUCGCAGCUGAUGGCGUUCACACAACGGAUUGCCAAGUCUAUUCAAGCCACCCGGGACUUCAAUCAGUUGCUCAAGAUCUCUACAGACACCGACGAGUCUCGUGGAGUCCUCCGUCCAGAAAUUCGAGGCACUGUGUCUUUCAAGCACGUUUCUUUCUCCUACCCUGAACGCCCGGACGUUCCUGUUUUGAAGGACCUCUCACUCGAAAUUGCAGACGGCGAAUGUGUCGCAGUUGUUGGGUCGUCAGGAUCCGGGAAGUCGACAGUCGCUGCUCUCUUACAGCGGCUAUACGAGCCCGAAUGUGGAUCAAUUACCAUCGGUCACAACGAAGUACGAUCGACGGAUGUGCGCCAUCUCCGAGACCACGUCACCGUCGUCAGCCAACAUCCGAACCUAUUCGACACUACUAUCACCGAAAACAUCUCUUAUGGCAACAAGUCGCUCAGCUUCGAGGACGUGCAACGCGCUGCGAUAGCGGCGAAUGUCCACGACUUCAUCGAGUCCCUACCAAAAGGCUACGAAACUCUUGUCGGCGAGAACGCGGCGCUGAUCUCGGGAGGUCAAGCACAACGUCUGGCCAUCGCCCGAGCAUUAGCGCGUCCGGCGCACAUCUUGAUUCUGGACGAGUGCACGUCUGCAUUGGACGCUUCAAACCAAGCUGCGGUGAUGGACACGCUGAUGCAAGCACGAAUUGGUCGGACAACACUGGUAGUGACCCACAAGCUCCAAAUGAUGCGUAUGUGCGACAGAAUUGUUGUUGUGCACAAUGGUGUCAUCGCGGAGGAGGGCACGUACGAGGCUCUCAUAACAAGAAAUGGAGUCUUUGCGCAGCUCGCGAGCGGCGGUGAAUGGACCGGCGACUAA